AUGGAGCUGCUGCUGCCCUGUGCCUCAUACCUGUGGCUCUUGUUUGAUGUGUUUGAAUGGGAAAUUCAAUGGGAAAUGAAUGAAAAAUUAAUUUGUUAGGUGUAGCACCCGCUUUGGUGCGUUAUCCUUGCUCUGUGGUGUGUCUGCCUGCAGCUGGGUGUUCUGUUUCCAGGGAAAAUCCCCAAGCUGUACACAGAGGUGGAAGUGAGCUCGCAGAGGGAUCUGUAUCCAAGUGAAAGCCCAGAGUCUCCAGGGAGAAGCUCCCUGCAGGUUUCUGCUGCCAGAAAUCCCACCACCAUGAAGCCACCCAAGAACGCCCGAGCUGAGGAGCAGGACGGGGAGGACGUGGAGAGGAGGAAGAGGAGGAGGAAGGCAAGCAAAAGGAAAAGAGAAGUGAAAAGCCAGGAAGAAGAGGGCUCCUUGUCCUGUGACAUCAAGCUGGACGAGUCCCUGGACCGCACCCUGGAGGACGGAGCCAAGCAGCACAACCUGACCGUGGUCAACGUGAGGAACAUCCUGCACGAAGUGAUCACAAACGAGCACGUGGUGGCCAUGGUGAAAGCAGCCAUCAGUGAGACAGAAGAUAUUCCUUUGUUUGAGCCCAAAAUGACUCGUUCCAAACUGAAGGAAGUGGUGGAGAAAGGAGGGGUGAUUCCAACAUGGAAUAUUUCUCCAAUUAAGAAGGCAAACGAGGUGAAGCCCCCUCAGUUUGUGGACAUUCCCCUGGAGGAAGAUGAUUCCUCUGAUGAGGAAUAUCAGCCUGAUGAUGAAGAGGAGGAUGAGACUGCAGAAGAGAGCUUGCUGGAGAGUGAUGUGGAGAGCACAGCUUCUUCUCCUCGUGGAGCCAAGAGGUCCAGGACACGGCGCUCCUCUGAUGAGGAGGGAGGGACCCUCUGUGAGAUGGAGGUGGUCGCCCCACCUGCAGUGAGACACAUCAGUGCUGAAGUGGUGCCCAUGGGACCCCCCCCACCUCCCAAACCCAAGCAGAGCAAGGACAGCACCUUCAUGGAGAAGCUGCACGCGGUGGAUGAGGAGCUGGCCUCGAGCCCUGUCUGCAUGGACUCCUACCAGCCCCUGGAGGACAGCCUGAUUGCCUUCAGGACCCGCUCCAAGAGGCCCCUGAAGGACGUUCCCCUGGGGCAGCUGGAGGCAGAGCUGCGCGCGCCCGACAUCACCCCCGACAUGUACGAGCCCAGCACGGGCGACGACGAGGAGUGGGAGAGGUGGCUCAGGGGGCUCAUGAACGAUGACGUGGAGAAUGAAGAUGAAGCUGAUGAUGAUGACGACCCUGAGUACAAUUUCCUGGAAGAUCUGGAUGAGCCAGACACAGAAGAUUUCAGGAAUGACCGUGCUGUGAGAAUCACCAAAAAGGAAGUGAACGAGCUGAUGGAGGAGCUGUUUGAGACAUUCCAGGGUGAGAUGGGCUUCUCCAGCAUGAAAGAUGAAAGGCCAGAAGAUGGAGAUGCUCUCACAGAGUCUCGGCCAAAUUUCAACACCCCCCAGGCCCUCAGAUUUGAGGAGCCUCUGGCCAAUUUGCUGAACAAGCAGCACCAGACAGUGAAGGAACAACUGGAGCAGCUGAGAAUGAAAAAGUCUUCAAUCAAAGCACCCCAAGAGGCUGAAAAAUCCAAAUCCCAAAGUGAGAAACCCCUCCACAGCCUUGUUCUGGACAGUGCACAAAGGAAGAGGCUCCAGCAGCAAAUGCAGCAGCAUGUUCAGCUCCUGACUCAAAUCCAUCUCCUGGCAAGUUUCAACCCAGCUCUGAGUUCAGAGGCCAGCACCACCCAGAUGUUUUUGAGCGAGCUCGGGAGCUUUGCCUGCAGCUCCACCCUGCACCAGGUGCCCCAGGACCCCAAAUUCCAGACCAUGUUCCAGCCCUGCAACUUGCAGGGGGCCCUGCAGCUCAUUGAGGACUUCCAUGCCCAGGUCCCAGUGGAUUGGAGCCCUAGGAAGGCUGUGAAGAAUGCAAAUGAAUUCUCAUGUUUGCCAAAGCAAGUGGCCUGGAUUUUGGCAACCAGGAAAGUUUUUAUGUACCCAGAGCUGCUGCCAAUUUGUUCCUUGAGAGCAAACCCUCCCCAAGACAAGAUUGUCUUCACCAAGGCAGAGGACAACUUGUUGGCUUUAGGGCUGAAACAUUUCGAAGGGACGGAUUUUCCCAAGCCUUUGAUCAGCAAGUACCUGCUGCCCACCAAAACUGCCCAUCAGCUGACAGUGAGGAUCAAGAACCUCACCAUGAACAGAGCCCCUGACAACAUCAUCAGGUACUACAAAAAGACCAAGCAGCUGCCUGUGCUGGUGAAAUGCUGUGAGGAAAUUCAGCCCCACGAGUGGAAAGCUCCUGUGGAGAGGGAAGAGCAUCGCCUGCCCUUCUGGUUAAAGGCAAGCUUGCCCUCCAUCCAGGGAGAACUGAAGCAGCUGGCAGAAGAUGCCAAGGAGACCCCAGUUUCACCUGCUGGAGAAUCUGCCCUUCUGGGGACAGAGAGGGAACGUGCAGGCAGGGAGUGUGAUGAAAAAUACCCUCUGCUGAUGCCCAAGGGGCUCGUGCUCACCCUGAAACCUUUGGGCAACCGCUUCUCCAGGAGGCCCUGGAGGAGGCAGAGAUCUUCAGCUCUGAAAUCUGUGCUGAUCCGCCCCAGCCCCUGCCUGCAGCCCAGCUCCAACCCCCUCAGCGCGCAGAAGAAUCAGAAAUCGGCUCAGUCAGAGGCUGCUCCCAUCCGGGUCCGGGGCCGCGUCCCCCGGCCCAUCCAGCCAGCACCACCACCCCUGAAGGUCCCUGCAGUGCUGGGAGCUGGGGAUGCCUUGGAAUUCCAGAAUGUUCUUUCCACUGGCCAGCCAAACUCCAGGCAAGCCUUCCCAGCUGCUGUAGGCCCAGCUCUGGUGGCCUCAGGGCCGGGGACUUUGCAGCCCAAGGUGAUGCUGCCGGCCCUGGCCGGGAUGAGGACGCGCAAACCGGGCGUGAGGAAGGGCUACCAGAGGAAAAAAGGGACAAGAUCUGCGCCAGUGAUCAAAGCUUCCCCUGUGAUCCAGCCCUCCCCUGUCAUCCUGACUGUGCCUGCCACCACAGUGAAGGUGCUGAACAUCGGCAACGGCUGCAACGUGAUCCAGCCCCUGAGCACGGCCGUGGGCCGGGGCGCUCAGGCCAUUCCUGUCACAACCCUGCUGGUGAAUCCCUCCACCUUCCCAUGCCCCUUAAACCAGCCUCUGGUCACCUCCUCCAUCCCGUCGCUGAUCGUGUCUCCCAGCCCUGUCGGGCUGUCUGCUCCUGCUGGGGGUGAAGGCGAGGAGAAGCUGACCCUGCUCCCUGCUCCAGGAGCUUUUCCUGCCGUGGAGCCCAAGGUGGAGCCCCCAGAGCUCUUUGUGCCCUGCUCCACUUUGUCCCCGAAGAAGGAGUGUGGCACAAACCCUGCCCAUGGGGACGCUCAGGACAAGGGCAGCAAGGGUGACUGCUGCAGCUGGGCAGUGGGAGAAGGAGAUGGGAACACAUCAGAGCCUUUGCCCAGGGUGGAGCUUCUGCCUCACUUAGAAAAUCCUGAUGCAUCGGUGGAAAUCAAGUCUGAAGAUUUAAGUGAUGCUCCCAAAGAAGCCAACGUGGCACAGAAAAGAGAUCUUUUAUGUGCUGAAAGGAAGGAGGAGUUCCUGCUGGGCCUUGGCCAGGAGCUGAACAUGGAGGCUGCAUGUUCCUGUGGGGACGAGCCCAGGAAGGAGCACGGUCCCUGCGAGGAGAAGGGAGAGGAGGAACGCCAGGCUCUGCCCUCCCCGCCCCAGGGGGAGCAGCACGGGGAGGCUGCGGGGGCUGCAGGGCCACCGGGCACCAGUGACUCCCCAAAGAACCCCCCUUGCCCCGCUGAGAGGGAGGCAGAGUUCAGCAGCCCCCCGGGAAGGCCGGAGGACUCCUCCAGCAUCGAUGGGCAGUCCGUGGGGACGCCGGCCGGCCCCGAGGCCGCAGGGGACAGGGAGGGGCAGGAAGAAGAGGAAGAAGAUGAUUUUGAUGAUUUUACUCAAGAUGAGGAUGAGGAAAUGUCAUCGGCCUCGGAAGAGUCCAUCCUGUCGGUGCCUGAACUGCAGGAAACAAUGGAAAAACUGACCUGGCUGGCAACAGAGAGACGUUUAAGCCAAGAGGGAGAUUCUGAAGAAGAGAAUUCCCAGGAGGAGAACUCUGAGCCCGAGGAAGAGGAGGAGGAGGAAGGGGAAGGAAUAGAGAGCUUGCAGAAAGACGAUGAAACAUGUGGGGACGCAUCAGAGGAGCCUAAAUCUGCUUUCACCAUGGCCAAGGCAGCUUCCCCACAGGUGGAGGCCCACAGGAUGCCAGCAGGAGAGAACCUGAAAGCCCCUGGGAGGAGCAGGAGCUCGCACAGGACCAGGAACAAGAGGGGCAGGGCUCGUGGCAGCAAGGACACCUCCAAGCUGCUCCUGCUCUACGACGAGGACAUCCUGGAGAGGGAUCCCCUGAGGGAGCAGAAGGACCUGGCCUUUGCCCAGGCCUACCUGACCAGGGUCCGUGAGACCCUGCAGCACAUCCCAGGAAAAUACGAAGAUUUCCUGCGCGUCAUCUACGAGUUCGAGAUCAGCGCGGACAAACGGACAGCCGUGGAUCUCUACUCCACCCUGCAGAAGCUGCUGCACGACUGGCCACAGCUGCUCACUGAUUUUGCUGCUUUUCUUCUACCAGAGCAAGCUUUGGAGUGUGGGCUGUUUGAGGAGCAGCAAGCCUUUGAAAAGAGCAGGAAGUUCCUCAGGCAGCUGGAGAUCUGCUUUGCUGAAAAUCCUGCCCACCACCAAAAGAUCAUCAAAGUGCUGCAGAGCUGUGCAGACUGUGUGCCCCAGGAGAUUGCAGAGCUGAAGACCCAAAUGUGGCAGCUCUUGAAGGGCCAUGACCACCUGCAGGAUGAGUUCUCAGUUUUCUUUGAUCACCUUCGACCCUCUGCCAGCCGCAUGGGAGACUUUGAGGAGAUCAACUGGACGGAAGAGAAGGAAUAUGAGUUUGAUGGGUUUGAGGAGGUGUCUCUGCCAGAUGUAGAAGAGGAGGAUGAACCACCCAAAAUUCAUGGAGCCACCAGGAACAAGAAGAGGAAGGAGAUUGGAAGGGGGGGCCAACACCAGCACAAGGAGGUGGAGUGGGUGGAGGGGCUGAAGGAAUGUUCCUGUUCCUGCUCCUGCCAUGAAGGGAGCGGCGACCCAAAGCUCAAGAAGAGCAAGAGGAGGAGCUGCAGCCAUUGUGAUCGGGCUCAGGGAGGGCCUGUGUGUGAAAGCAAAUUUUACAAAAACAAAGAUUCUCAGGAGCUUCCUGCCAGCCUUGCGCAGAGGGAGUCGAGUCCCCAGCCGGAAGGGAAGGAGCCUGGGAUGUCCAAGGAGCCUGGAGAAGAAAUGCUGGAGAGCAGAGACGAGGCAGAGGACGCCCAGGGCAGGACAAAGCCGGGCUCCAGGAGGGGCGAGUCUCUGUCCCCAGCAGGAUCUCAGCUGGAAGGAAGGGUGGCCUCCAGCAGACCUUGUGAAAAGCCUGCCCCUGCUGAUGCCCAGCUUCCAGAAGGUUCCAGUGCAGGUGUGGACGCUGCCAAGGACAGAGACUCUGCUGCCAACGACCCCAGAUGGGCACAGCUACAAAAAGCUGCUCUGAAACUACCUCAAGAAACCAAAGCGUGCCCUGGGGGACUGCAGCAGCCUGUGGGGGAUGCAGAGGGGCUGAGCGGGCACCUGGGGUCCCCAGGACCUCAUCCCUGCUGUGGACAGAGCCCCUGCCAGCCUGAGGGGCUUCAAUCUGAGCAUGGGGGCUCUGCUCGUGCUCCUGAAGGUGGCAGAGAACUCGAGGGAGCAGCUUUGGCGCUGGCAGGAGGAGCUGAGGCAAAGCAGAGCAGCAGGAGCGGGAGCUGCAGCCUGGACACACAGGACAGAGGCUGCUCUGGAGCUGCUCCUGAGGCCAGGCCAAGGCCAAAUGCAAGCAGCAGCCUCCUGGUGCAUCAGCAGCCUGGGCAGAUGGAGCCCAGAGCAGGAACGGCCUCCCCAGGGCACAGGGAGGAGGAGCAGCAGCAGCAGCAGCGAGUGACAGAGGCCACCGUGUGUGCCAAGAACAGCAAAGUCAGCUCCACCGGGGAGAAGGUUGUGCUCUGGACCAGGGAGGCUGACAGAGUCAUCCUCACCACGUGCCAGGAGAAGGGAGCCCACCUGGACACCUUCCACGCCAUCUCCCAGAAACUGGGCAACAAGACAGCCAGUGAGGUGUCCCACAGGUUCAGGGAGCUGAUGAGGCUGUUCCACACGUCCUGUGAUGGGAGCUCCGAGGAUGAGGAGGAUGCCACCAGCACCAGCAACACAGACCAGCUGUCAGACAAAGAUCUUCUGCUUUCUGAGGAAGAACCUGAUGACUGAGGUGAUAAAACUACUGACUGCACCAGAAAAGGGGUUUUUUAAAUUUUUUUGCCAGUUUGCUGCUAGACAGGUGCUGUGGAAAAAUGUUUGCACAGGUACUUGAGACAGCACCUUUUUUUUUUUUUGUUCAAUUUCCAGCCUGUACCAAACCAAAGGCAGGAAGUAAAAGGAGAAAAUUCUUUAGAACUCUCCUGGGGGGGUUUCAGCAGUGGAAUAACAGAACUUGUGGACACUGACCUGGCCUUGGGGCCCAGCAGCCCUGUAAAUAUUGUACCCUGAAAUGUCACUUUUCAUGUGGAACAAACACAUGGCUUUUUCUAAGUUCUCCCCUUGUGCUGAUUGUAUGUGAGAUAGUUACAGUCUGAAUUUUCUAUUUAUUGUGUGGGUUUAUUUGAACAAGCAGAGCAAAUCCGAUUUGCACAGCUGAAAAAAAAAAAAAAAAACCCAACCAAAAUAUAUAAAAGAAAAAGCAGCUUUCCUCCUUUGCCACACAACUGUGAGUAGCUGGAAAACUUCACCCAGAAGAUUUUUUGGUAAUAAAACGAGAAGAAGGAACAGCUGGGGCCGUCUCCAAAACCCUUCCUUUUAUUCUGCGAGCCAUCUCAAAGCCACUCCAGCUGUGGAUUAGUCUGAAUCUGCUUCAUCCUCAGACCCAUCAGCUCCAAAUCCUGUCUCAUAGCACUGGGCCAGGGUUCUGAGCUCCUCCAGGGCCUCCUGCACGUCGUCCUGCUCCAGCCCAGGCGCGCAGGAGCUGCUCCAGCGCCGCGGCCGCAGCUCCCGGCACAGCCCCGAGGGCAGGCGCUGCAGCCCAGGGCAGCUCUGCAGCGCUGCCAGCACGGGGCUGCUUUCAACAGCUGCAGGGAGACAGGCACAGCGAGGGUUAAAC